UGCACGUACAUGUAGAUGAGACGUCAACCUCUGCCCCGGGAAGAGAUCAACUGUGAGAGAACACGCAUGAAUUUUCCCACGUUUAAGUGGAAACGAGGAGAUAUUUGAUGUGAAGAGGAAGGAAUUGGAAAUUUUUGUUGCUGUUGUUUUUUGAGCAAACAAUUCUUCAUAUUUAUUUUAUGGUGGAUUUUAGUUUUUUUAGUUUUUUAAUGAAGCAUCUGCAAGAGGAGAGUCGCACUAAUUGCGGAAAGCAACAACACUUUGGUUUAUUGGUCCAAGGCUGCAGAGUGUCAGCUUCUGACGCAGGCAGAGCACCUAUCCCGGAGUUGCACACUAACACCUGACGGCUUCAUCUCUUGCAUCGCCGGUUUUUCUCCAUCACGACUACUCCGGCUCUGCAGUUCAGGGACUCCAGCGUUUUAUGGAAGCGGAGUCUGCGCACCCUGUCGCGGUCAUGCUUCCCCCAAAGAACUGCCUGCCGAGGAACUACAGUUGCAUAGCUGGACUAUUCGGGAGUCUUGCAGCGUCAAAUCCGAGGCUUGAAGAUGGGGAGGAUUUUGACAUGGUGAACGCCACUUGUGAGCCUAUCGAGAGCGCAGUGGUGGAUGAGAGGCCAAGGGGCAGAGAGAUUUCCCUGAAGCCUCCACAGAGCCCUAAUCUGCGUCGGAGGUGCAAGUCUUUGCCUACACCUACAGAGAGAGCAAAGUUAGAGAUCGCCCGCAGCAGAAGCCCAACCAUUAAGAAAAAAGUCCGUUUCGCGGACUCCCUGGGCCUGGAGCUCAUUUCAGUGAAGCACUUUGACGACACAGAUGUUCCCGAGGUGCCUGAGCGCAUAAUGGCAAAAUUACCCAAGGGACCCCUUCACCUUCAUCACUUGGACACAAAAUUCCCCCGGGCUCCUGCGCAGUCUGUGUUCAUGGAAUUGCAGUUCACCAACCCAGGCACAUUACCCGGCUUCGAGCAGAAAGUGAGGGAGGUAAAAGUCCUGUUGGAGACCGUGGAGGCAGACGAAUUCAGCCUCUGCGGCUUCGUGCGCGUGUUAAAUCUGGCUUUCGAAAAGAGCGUCUCUUUGCGGUAUUCCCUAAACAACUGGAUAACCUUUAUGGACAGUUUGGCGUCCUAUGUUCCUAACUCGAGCGACGGUGUCACUGACAAGUUCUGUUUCAAGAUAGUUAUGCCCACCUACCUAGACAACGGAGGAACAUUGCAAUUUGCAAUUAAAUACUGUGUCGGCGGGCAAGAGUUUUGGGACAAUAAUAACGGCAACAACUACAAAGUCCGUCGUCACCGGUUCAAGAUGUCUCCACCUCGGGAAUGGGAAAACGGAUGGAUUCAUUUUAUCUGAGCUUUGGCGUAUGCAGUGACACACUUGCGCCAUUUGAGCGCAAUUGAUCCCCGGGUACCUUAUUAGCCUGUAAAACAAAAGAUUCGUAUUAUUACUAUUCCGUCAUUGUCAGCUGUAUACAUUCCGUGACAGAGAAAAUAUUUUACCACAAUAUUUCAAACAGUGACCCUGUGGUGGCGACGCACCGAGGGUUGAAAUGGCCUGCUGUUUAAGCCUGAUAGGCUUCCCGGUGUGGGAUGCUGUUCGAUAUGUUGCCUUGAUGUCAGGGCUCUGUACAGCUUGGUGCCCUUUGGGAGGGCAUGUUCUCGUUAUGUAAUAUAAAAACACGCGCCACGGAGAACGUGCCGGGUAAUGCCAACUUCAGGCAUCACACUCAUUUCAAGAUGCUGUAACUGUCAGUUUGCAUGUGUGCAAACAUCGACUCAAAAGCAAAAAGAAAGCAUUUUAGCUGAUGGUAGCAUACGCCCCUGGUGGUCACCUGCAGACAGGGGUAAACAUGUCUUAUCCCCCCCGAUAAAAGAUGGAGAUAUAAGGUGAUUAUUUAAUUUAGAUAUUCAACUUAUUAUUUCCUACUAUCACGCCAUUUAAAUGCCUUAUUCUAAGCCAUGAUGUAGGGAGUUGUUGAUUUGUGUUGUACAGUAUUUUCUUCGUUGGGCUUGAAUGGAGUUAAAUGCAUUAGAUGAUUAUCGUCAUUAAAUUUACAAUGUAAAACAAUCCAGGGACAUCAUACUUAACCAUACAAAAAUCUGCCUCUUAGCAAUACAUUUGUAGCCUAUUCAACAUAAAUUAUUUUACGUUUUGCAUAUUUAAAGUAUGAAGAACAAGGUGGUUUGACAAAGUUCAAAGACAAUGAAGUAAUAUUAAACUAAAUAAUAUAUAUGAA